AUGCUGGCUAUUCCGCAUUCGGUUGCGAUGAGGUUGGCCUGCCGGCCAUCCGCUAUUUCGAGAGCUUUCAGCACAACAUCAUUCAAAUCGGUUAGAUUUUCUUAAUUUUUCAAAGAUCAUUUCAGAAAAUUGCCAAAAAAUGAGGCUUCAAGGCUUUUUCUUCUCAGGAUGAAGCCAAAACGCCAAUUCAAAAGUUCGGUUGGGAAUAUCUGUUGAAGCAACGCGAGCGCGCACGUCCAAUCUCUCCUCAUUUGUCCAUCUAUCAGCCACAACUCACGUGGAUGGUUGAUAUUUCUAUUAUUUUUUCUUAAAUGAUUAAUUUUGAAGGUCUCCGGAGCUCAUCGAAUCACUGGCUGCAUUAUGGCGGGUACUUUGAUCUUUGGAGGUACAAAACUUCAGUUUUCCAUUAUAAAAGCUAUAUUCGUUUAUUAAGGAAUCGGUUUCGCUGUUCUUCCCGUUGAUUUCACGACCUUCGUUGAAACAAUCCGCGGCUGGGAUCUCCCAUGUGCAGUAACGGCCGUUUUCAAGGUUUUUGAAUGGGAAAAUCAAAAAAUAACGAUUCUUUCCAGUACAUAAUUGCUUUCCCCAUCGUCUUCCACACAUUGAACGGCCUCCGAUUCCUCGGAUUCGAUACCGCCCGAGGAGUUGACAACAUUUCACAGGUUUAUUUUAAAUUUUCUUUCUCUUGUGGUUUUUUCUUAUAUCUAUGCUAUUUCGAAAUGCGUGCUUCCCGUCAAGUAUUAUUUUCCAAGGAUCAAAUCUGAAGGAUUUUUUCUCUUUCCUUCUUGUUUUCUAAGAGUUUUUCUAUAGCUUUUCGGGAAGAUUAUUAAACAAGGCCAUGUGAGAAAGCAAUUGAAGUGACUGAAAACCAAAAAAAAAGUCCUUAUAUUAGAACAUGUAAGAAAAAUGAGCUUGGAGAAAGCUUUUGACAAAUUUUUAUAAAGCAUUUAAAUGAGCUACAGUUCAAUUCUUCUCAAAAAUCUUCGAUUCUGUCAUUGUUAUAUGUUCUUCAGAUCUACAAAAGCGGUUGGUUGGUGCUUGGACUUUCGGCCGUCAUCUCUUUGGCCAUCGUCAUCGUUUCGUACUCCAAUAAGAACAAAAAAGCAAUCAAACAAUAA